UGGAGAGUCCCCUGCCUAGGGUUUUUGGGAAGGCGGGAGGCCGUCGUAUAUAUUGGAGCCGUUGUCGGAGUGACCUUCUUCUGAUUCGGAGGAAGAACUUGCAGCCAGGAAUCCUCUUACUCCUCACAUCGCGAAGAUGACGACCAUCCCCGAUCCUCUUGUUUGGGAGAUCGUCAAGAAGAACAACUCCUUCCUCGUCAAGCAGUUUGGGAAUGGCACCGCGAAGGUUCAAUUUAGCAGGGAAAAGAACAACCUUUACAAUGUUCACUCCUAUAAGUACUCAGGAUUGGCAAAUAGGAAAACUGUGUCCAUUCAUCCUGGAGGGACAGACCUUUCAGUUGCUUUGACAACGACUAAGACCAGAAAGCAGAACAAGCCUGCUUCGGUUCAGCACAAGUCUGUCAUGAAGAAAGAAUUCCAGAAAAUGGCAAAGGCUGUUAUUAACCAGGUGUCUGACAACCACUACAGGCCAGACCUUAAAAACGCUGCACUGGCAAGGCUUAGCGCUGUUCAUCGGAGUCUUAAGGUUGCAAAAUCUGGCCCAAAGAAGAAGAACAGGCAACGCACCAAGAUUAGCUUCGGGAAAUGAGUGAUCCUACUAAAGUUUUGUCUGUUUUUAGUAUAGGACAUGAAAUUGACAGCAAAACGGAUUUGAGUGAUGACGGCAUUUUAGUAUUUUGUUCUUCAUCCUGGAGUUUUUCUUAUUUUGAGAUUCACCGAGAAAGAUUGGUUUCUGUCUUUGGUUGCACAUCCUUUUUUAUUGUUACCGAAUCAACUGUCCUUUUUUCGA